GUUUCAAUUCCAAACAGACCUUGUUCGAUAGCAGAUCACUUUAGCUACAAAGUCAGACACUUAGCAUUUCGUUAAAUUAUUUCAUUUAACAAGAUGUUCUUGGUUCUAAUACCCCUCAUGAGCUGUGUCCUGGCUAUCCAAGCUGGCUCCUUGGAAGAAGUCUUCAGGAGCAACCAGGUGGUGCCCGAUGUUAUAGCCCAGGCACCAGACCAGUUAUUGAAGGUGACAUACAGCAAUGGACUGGUGGCAAAGGAUGGUGUGGAGUUCACGCCCACUCAGGUGAAGGACCAACCACAGGUGGAGUGGGAUGCCCAGCCUGGUGACUUUUAUACACUCAUUAUGACCGAUCCCGAUGCACCCAGCCGAGCUGAGCCCAAGUUCCGGGAGUUCAAGCACUGGGUCCUGGUUAAUAUUGCUGGAAAUGACUUGACAACUGGUGACGCUAUUGCCGAAUAUAUUGGAUCCGGUCCACCCCAGGGUACGGGUCUGCAUCGCUACGUGUUCUUGCUGUACAAACAACCGGGAAAGCUGCAGUUCGAUGAGGAGCGGGUUAGCAACAAGUCGAGGAAGGAUAGGCCCAAAUUCAGCGCCGCCAAGUUUGCCGAGAAGUAUAAGCUGGGCAAUGUCGUUGCUGGUACUUUUUACCAGGCCCAAUACGAUGACUAUGUACCGAAACUGCAUAAGCAAUUGUCCGAAAAUUAAUGCAUUUUUUGAAGAUAUCAAGAAACAAACAUUGAAGCUAUUAUUUUUAAAUGCUUACCUUACUUAACUGCAGUCGAUUUCAACAUCUUUAGAUAACGUAAUGAUUCCAUUUUCUUUGGGCAAAUAAAUAAUUCACAAAUUAAAAAUCA